UCAAUGUCCGAUGGGUAUCUGCAACGCCCCCACGACCUUUCAGCGAGCCAUGAAUAUGGCUUUUCAGAAUUUCGUACGGAAGACUCGUUUGGCACAGAGCAUCACCAACUACUGCGUGAUUGUGUACAUGGAUGACAUCCUAGUGUAUUCGAGUUCCUACGAGGGACACGUGCAGCACAUCGAAUGGGCGCUGCAUGCAUUGCGAGAUACUGGCUUCAAGGUGACACUUGAGAAGUGCCAGUUUUUCCUUACCACCAUUUCCUUCUUAGGACUCCAACUGGAGCCGCAGAAGGUGACAGCAGUCAGCGAUGCGCCGGUGCCUACGACUAUCAUGCAAGUUCGCACCUUUUUGGGCCUGGCCUUGUACUACCGAAGAUUUAUCAAGGGCUUCGCAGCGAUUGCGGGACCCCUCACAAAUCUGUUGCGCAAAGAUCAGCUGUUGAUCUGGACGCCGGAGUGUGAUCAAGCGUUUUCGAAACUCAAGGCCGCUCUCAUUUCGGCUCCUAUCCUUAUAAGGCCGGAUCCAGAAAAGCCUUUUGUUCUCAUUACUGACUGGCAGGCAGAGGGAAUUUCGGCGAUCCUUGCCCAGGUGGGACCAAGUGGACUCAAGAGCGUGGUGGAGUUUGUGUCCAAAUCGGCGCCCGCCUGCAAGAGCAACUACGUCGCUCCAACGGGAGAAUGCUACGCGGCUCUCUGGGGAAUCAGUCACUUCCGUGCUUACCUAUACGGGCGGAAGUUCACCUUGGUAACCGAUCAUGAGCCCCUGUUGGCUCUGAAGAAAUCGAAGGAUUACUCUGGCAUAAUCGAGCGAUGGGCAACGGUGCUACAGAGCAUGGACUUUGACAUUCGUCAUCAGAAGCACGAGAGACACGGGAAUGCGGACGGACUGACACGACUGCACCGGCCUGAGAAAGUUCCGAGGAUUGAGGAGGUGAUUCCGUGGAACGAACCCGAACAAGAGGUUGGACCUCGGUACGGCCAAGUGGAGAUCUUGUCGAAGCAGGACGAAGAUACGCUACCAUCACGGCAGGAGUAUCUGAAGCCUUACGACAUCAUCCCUCACACCUUCUAUCCGAAGGCGGAGGAAGUGGCGAUCGACGACGAAGAAGAAGAAGACGACGAGGAAACGUCGGAGGAAGGAAGCUAUAGCGAGUAUAGCGAGGGCGAGUUGAGUGAAGAAGAAGAAGAAGAGGAGGAAGAAGAAACCGGAUCUGAGUGGGAAGCCUUGCCGGAGGAAGCGCCUCGUACUGGCACGGAGGCGGAAGAUCCUGAGGCCGCACGCAAGCGGGAAGAAAUUGCCACCGGGAAGCGCCAACUAGAGUUAGCCAGCGGAGCAAGCCUGCGCAUCGGUGAUGAUCCGACCAGGGAUCCGGAGCCGCCGAAGCCCGAAGAUGGCGACUCAGCAGCCGCCACCCCAAGCGCCGCGUGACGGAGACGGAGCCGAUCCCCCUCCUCCUCCAGCCCCACCCGUCCCCCAGUUCGC